AUGUAUCACUCGACCUCGACAGACGCCGUGCCGCUCAGAUCGGCGAUGAAGCACCACAGCUCGUCCCGAUCGAGCACGCCCCCUACCAGCUCGACUUCGCCACUCGUCUACUCCAGCACCCUCCCUUCUUCCACAUCAAUAUCGUCCCCUACCCCUGGAUCUCUAUUUUCGCCCAUUGCCUCGCCGCCAUCAUUCCCAGCCAGCAUAUCGACAUCGCCCACAAAUACUCUCCAUGCGCCUACGCCAGUCGGGGGCUACCGCCCCAAAGUCUCCUUCGAUACAUUCGAGAACCCGGCGGCCAGCAUGUUCAGCUUCACGCUCCAAGUCCACUCGGACGGCUACACCCGCACCAAAGACACCCGCACAUACUUGUGCGCCGCGAGCGUCGAUGAUUCCGGGAAGAAUGCGCUGGAAUGGACGAUAGAGAAUUUGUUGCAGGACGGCGACGAGCUGGUCGUCUUUCGCGGCUUCGACGCCGACGUGCUCGAGAAGGACCACGACAUCAUUCGGGCCGAGGCGCGCGAGUAUAUUCGCCGGAUACAGGAGAAGUGUUACGACGCGGAUCCCGACAGACGCGUCUCAAUCACGCUCGAGUUUAUCGCCGGCAAAGUCACUCAGACGAUAGACCGUCUCAUCGCAUUGUACCGUCCGGAUUCGCUCAUCGUCGGGACACGUGGACCGAGGGGAAUGAUCCAGGCUAUGAGCUCCAAAUUCGGCGCGACGGCUGUUGGAGGGGUCAGCAAAUAUUGCCUGAGCCACAGCCCGGUACCGGUCAUUGUUGUGCGGCCUGAAAGCAAGGUGCGCAAAACGAUGGAGAAACGACGCGCGAACCCGAAGCGGGGUACGCAUUUCGACGAUGGUAGCCUACGCCUACGCCAGGCGCAGAGUCGGGUCUCAGCCGUCCCAAUGUCGCCCUCGGUCUCUCCCUCUACCACACGAGGAUGA